GGCAUGACGCUUGCGGCUCGAAGGCUCCAUCGUCGGACAGCACACACAAGUGACCCAGGCGGUUACGUGAAGGCCACGUGUGAGCCCCUCUGCAAACAUCUUUUCCCCCAUCGGCUGCUUUCUGUCGCGCGAAAAUGGUAACCUCGACGACCGCCCGAGCGGACCUCCUCUCGAUCUUCCCUCUCUCGCUCUCGGCGCCACGAGAUCCGUCCACAUCGUCCUACCUGCACCUUUCCGGGUACGAGAAAAGCUCAAGCGGAGCAUACACUGAAUGCAGCGCUGGCGAUGGCGACGAGUACGACGACGACGAAUUUCUAGAGGACGACGAUGAGCUGAUGGACGAGGCUGAGGAUGAUCUCGACGGAGAAGCCGGGCCCUCCAUGUUGGGGACAGGCGGCAGGAUCACGACAGCGGGCGAGGCGAUCGCUUCUUCUUCUACGUUCAUGAGGGGGCACGGCUCGUACUUGGCAGCAUCGAUGCAUUCUUCAUCCAGGCGGACCGAGGGUGCGCAAGAAGACCACGAUGAAGGGCAAGCUGCUGGUGCGGGAGGAGCAAGCGCACCAGCCGUGGCGCCCACCACGCCCGACACGAUCUACUCCUCUUUGGCCGGCUUGGUCCACCGGACAAACCGGCUGAUCUCGGUCCGACCCCUGCGUGCGCGCUACGCGCCCGAGGUCGGCGACUUAGUCGUCGGGCGCGUGACCGAGGUGCAGCCAGGCACGAAGCGCUGGCGCGUCGACAUUCACUCGCGGCAAGAUGCGACGCUGCUGCUGUCCAGCAUCAACCUGCCCGGCGGUGUGCAGCGCAAGAAGCUUGAAUCGGACGAGCUGCAGAUGCGCACGUUCUUCAAGGAGGGCGACCUGCUCGUCGCGGAGGUUCAGUCGGUCUUCAACGAUGGGAGCGUCGGCCUGCACACGCGCUCGCUGCGCUACGGCAAGCUGCGAAACGGGGACCUGGCGGUCGUGCAGCCGGGUCUCAUACAGCGCCUCAAGAGCCACUUUGUCUUUCUCGAGCGCGCAAAUAUCGACAUUACGCUCGGGAUGAACGGAUACGUGUGGUGCGCCAAGCAUAUCCUCUUCGACGUCGAUGUCGCCGAGUCAGAGGGCAAAGCGGGGGGUGGCGCGGCAGCAGGGGCCGGUGCAGGGGUAGGGACAGGCCCUGACGCGCUCAUGCCUGUGUAUGAAGGGCAGGGGAUCGGCGGACAGGGGAUCGGUAUGGACGUCGAAGCCGGUGCUGGUGUCUACGGGGAUCAGAACGAGGACAUCUCUAUAUCCACGCGCACCGCCAUCUCCCGCGUCGCAGCGAUCCUCAAGCUGCUAUCCGCGCGGCACAUGCCCAUUUCGGACGCGACGAUCAGCAAAGCGUACGAGCUGUGGGUCGACAAUUUCCUCACAUCUCCCUCAUUGACAGCCCCCGCCGCAAAGAGGCCAGCGGGGCGCGGCACAGAUGCGAUUGGAGCGAGCAUGACUGCUGGUGUCGAGGCUGCACGCGAGCAGGAGAGCCUGCUGUACGGCGCAAAAGGGGACAAGCUCGUCGAGCUGCUGUACAGAGUCGAUCGGUAGCGCACCGCUUUUGUACUGAGUCUUCUGGUUUAGUU